AUCACACGACGACACCGACACACAAGCAUAAAACCCUAGAAGUCACGACACUCACUCAAUUCAAAUACUAAUCAUGGUUGCGGAAAGUGAUAAUCUUGAUCCGACGGCGGAUACGGCGGCGAACUGUCUGAUGUUGUUAUCGAAAGUUGGGGAACACGACGGAGGAAAGAAACGUGUUUUCCGAUGCAAGACUUGUAAGAGAGACUUCUUUUCGUUCCAAGCUUUAGGAGGCCACCGUGCAAGCCACACGAAACUUAUCAACAGCGACGAUAAAUCACUACCUGGAUCACUUAAGAAGAAGCCUAAAACUACGACGACGUCGUCUCAUACUUGUCCGAUUUGUGGUUUGGAUUUUCCGAUAGGACAAGCUCUUGGUGGUCACAUGAGGAAACAUAGGAACGAGAAAGAACAAGAAAAGGCCUCUAACGAAUUGGUUACGCGUUCUUUCUUGCCGGAGACGACAACGGUGACGACUUUAAAGAAAUCGAGUAGUGGGAAGAGAGUGGCGUGUUUGGAUUUGGACUCAACUUCGGUGGAGAGUUUGGUCAAUACGGAGUUGGAGUUGGGAAGAACCAUGUACUGAUUUUUCAUGUUCGUUAAUUAGGGUUUUAGGUUUAUUGAUAGAUAAAAACAUCUUACAUAUAGAGUUUUUGCAUUGAUUUAGUCUUUGUUGAUCCAUUUAUCUUACUGUUCGAUGUGUAUACAUUAAUACAAUUUGAUACUAUUCAA